GUUGCCUUACUGGAAUUUUGCUCACAGCUUAUUUCAUGCAUCCAAUUGUCUAUGUAAUAGCGAAGCCGGUUGCUUGAGUAACGGUACUUCUUCUUCUUCUUAAUUGGUACUAGACAUUUUUAAUUCUUAAAGCUGACAUUCAGUAAUAGUUAGAAGCCAGUUGUAGUGUGUUUUUGAGUGUCGAGUUAUCAGUGUACUAAUUUCAGUAAAAUAAACUCCCGUACAACGAUUGAGCAGCAGAAAUUGGUCAUAAACCAUUACAAAAAUUUAAAAUCACAGCAAAAAAACUUUUCCUUUUUGUUACAAACUUCGUGGUGAACUUACUGCACCCUGUUAGAGGUAUAUUUACAUAAAAUGCAAUAAAAUUGAUUGGUAAUUGCCAGUUCACACAUGGACUCUUUUGCCUACUAAGCGGUUUUUUGUAGGCGAGGGGACGACGAGGAAAAACGAAAGGACCGUGCCUCCUCUGCUCGGGUGGGCGGUUUGCUUUCUUCUUCGUAACAGUUGUGUUUUAUAAUGAUACUUGUUCUCUGCAUAGAGUGACACCAAAAGAGAAUUUAUCGAAAAUGAGGGACAAAAGAGUCCCAUGUAAACGCCAGCUAUUGAAUUACCCUAUUGAAAAGGUACAACAUCACUAUUCGUAGCAAAUUUUUGACAAGCUACUCGCAAAUCAGCUGUUAUAGCGCAUUCAAAAUCAGUAAUCAUUUAGGAGCAUGAAUGACAUAAAACGUUUAAAGGAUCAACAACGCGAUAAACAUCCUGGUUUCGACGCAUAUUUAAAUUGCAUGACUAGAGCACUUUUCUCAGGUCUAGCUUCGUUUUGCCUGACUUUUUCCGGUAGUUAUUUUACACAAAAAGUUGUACGUACAAAAAUUUACUACCCUAUUCAAUACAGCGUGCUAGUGUCGGCAUUAGCGGCAAUUGGUGUAUCCUACAUGACCACUACAACGCGCACUAAAGCUUGUCAAGCAGCUUGGAUGGCAGCGGAAGAUAAGCAUUCUGUGCUGAAAGAAGACAUUUAUUAAAGGAGUAUAAGUGAAAUUUAAAAAAAAAGAUAUAUAAAUAAUUUAUAAAACAUACGCUAUUUAUUAAUUAUAUUUGAAUAU